ACCAAUCAGAAGCCGACAACUCGCUUUCUUGAGCAACGUGGAUGAAUGACAAUCCUCAUAGCAGUACCAAAAAGUUUAAUUAGACGUGUGUGUUUCUCUCGACAGAACAAGCAAAAACGGCUGUGAUACAAUCCAAAGGGAAAAGAAAAGAGAAUUAGAAACAGACAGUACAUUGUCUUGUGAUAAUGGAUUUAAAUAUGACUUUACUGUACGUAUGUGCCGGCGUUCUAGGAAUCCUGGCUUUGACAAGUACGACAAAUGCUCUAAAGGAAGAAGAUUGCCCAGUCUGUAUCAAGUUUCUAACAAAGUUUAUGAACACACUGGAAGGUGAAGAAAAAACGGUUGAAAACAUUGAGAAAAAGUUCAGGAAGUUUUGUAAAUCUGCCAAGAACAAAGAUGAAAGAUUGUGUUACUAUAUUGGGGCCCUAGAAACCUCUGCCACUGGUAUCCUUGGAGAGAUGUCUAAACCCAUGAGUUGGGGAGUACCUGCCGAUAAAGUUUGUGAAAAACUGAACAGAAAAGAUAGCCAAAUAUGUGAACUAAGAUAUCCAAAAGUAGUAGACCUGGCAACAGUGAACCUUAAAAAAUUGAAAGUAAAAGAUUUGAAAAACAUCUUAAACAACUGGGGAGAGGAGUGCAAGGGAUGUGCCGAGAAAUCUGAUUUUAUUCGUAAGAUUGAGGAGUUAAUGCCAGAGCAUGCCCCAGAGGCUCAUGCUGCCAGAACGAAAGAGGAGUUAUGAGAACAUUUUGUUUAGGCGACAUUAAUAAAUUAUUUACAGCAUCCAAAUCUCGUUGACUUUGUUACAAUCGAUUGCAAUAAUUUUUUUUUAAGGAAGGAAAAAACGAUUUAGCUUUAACUGGUGCAGAUCAUAUAAAGAACAUUCAUUGUGGCGUUUUCCAUCGAUUAGCAAAUUCUCCCUUGUAUAAUUGGAGAUGUUUAUAUUUUGUAACCAUGUUCAUAUUGUACAUAUAAUUAUUACACGUUUCAACUUUUGUCAUGAUUACUGUUUUACUAGCUAAGUAAAAUGGACCAUUAUUCUUGAA